UGGAGAAAGGACACAAGGGAGAGUAUCUGCCACAUUCCAGCAGUCAUUUGUGGAAAUGUUGCAGCCGACGAGAUCAUGUGAUGUGGACCAGACAUCCUUCUUCAGCAACGGAACCAAUGAUUUAAGGUGCCAGCAGCCGAGGAGUCACUCUAGAGUCUCUUCUCUCAUCAAAGCUUUCAACUCAGACGGUCAGAGGGAUGCAUUUGGGAUGGAUGGUAGAUAUCAAGAAGGAAUCGAUGAUACCAGCUGGGAGAGAUCGUAUCUCAUCCGGAUGCAAUCAGGAAUCGCCACAUCCCACCAACAGAACUGUGCUCCUUUUCCAUCGGCAGGACAAUGCUCACUCCAAGACAGCAGCUGCUUCUCUGGCUCAGCUCACAUGAAUGCUGCGUCGGCCUUUACAGGAUCUUCCCACAGUAAACACAGCAUGGUGACGCAAGUCAACUGUAACUCAAACUUCUUCAUACACAGCGAGUUCAGUCCCUUUAAGGUUUGGAGGGACUACAAUAGGAUGGCUUACCAACAGCAGGAAUUCUCAGGGUUCAUGCAGCCCUCAGCCUUCCCUCAGUGGUGUGAAACCAAAAUGUACAGGGAACUCUCUCUAGAUGCCCAAACAAAGAGCCUUCUGGAUAGGAACAAGCAACACCAGAGGAACAAUGUGCAGGCCCAUUAUCCAAGGACUCCAGUGACAUCUACUGUUCUGCAAAAAGCGUCUGCCUUGGAGAAACGCUGCGAGUCCGAGCUCGCAGGAAACUAUCCGCACUGGAAGAGCACAAAGAGAAUGGGAACCAACAAGCUUCCCUCCCAGCGUCCAUCAACUGCAUCACCCACCACUGAGAUGUCUCGCCGUGUCCGGGACACGAUCAGCUCUGUCAAAGCUCUCCAGCAAAAGAUCAAGCUGAUGGCAGGGCAAAAUGUUGCCACAGAAAUGUCACAGAACUUUGCAGUGAACAACCAGGACUUUAUGCCUUAUGGGUACAAUGGUCUGACAGCAGCGCCAAAUGUUGUCGCUACUAACACAAGUACAACUCCUUUCAACAUCAGCAAACUGCAAGUACAGAACACAAACAUUCAGCAGUACGUUCACUCUCCCCAACCUGUGGAGCACGCCCCCGUGCGAGCAGAAUCCAGAGGUGCGACACCUGACAUUCGGGUUUCCAGCUAUAAAUCUAAAGGCGCAAGUCUUCUUUUCAACCUGAAGGACAAUAGAAAGAGAGUGAAGAGCACCUACAGUCCUCCCAAAUUCAAAGGUUUUGAUUCAGUGGAGAAAAACAAGGAACCGCCUAAAGACACUGUCAUAGAUAUCCCAGAGUUUUUCCAGCCAGAAAAUCAGUCAAACUUGAAGGAAGACACUUCGCUUUAUCAUUAUGAAAUCCAGCGUCACAGCCACAUGCCCUAUUCUGGAACGGAUCCCCGGCUUUUAACAGGCCAGUCAGGCCAAACUUUGCAGUACCCUUCAAGUGCACACUACUCAACUGUGAUGCAAGGUGAGGUUGUCCAUCCUUCUGGGUUCACAGGCUUCACGCCGGAAAAUUACACUAGCAAUCAGGUGGCUAAUCACCAAAAGCCUCAUUAUGACCCCUCUUUGUUCACUCCCUAUAAGCAGCGCGAAGGAGAAGCACCCGUGGGUGGUCAUUCUUAUACAAGUAAUCCAUCUGAUGAAGCGUCACAAGUGCACACCGAAGACAAGCACAUGAGCCCAUAUUCAAUAAGACAGCAGUGUUUGAACAACAAAGCCCAGGCUUCUCAAAUGAUCGAUCAAUAUCACGAUAAUAACAGUAAACUAAUGACUGAUAAAGAAUACAGACUAACUCAAGACACUGAGAAACUGAAGCUAGCGUCCUCUCCUGGUGAAACAGCGGCAUCGACUUUCCAAGAAUUCAAGGAUGAGGCAUGUUUAACCAAGGAAUGGGAUGCAAAUCCAAAGCAUAUCAAAGACACGGAGAUACAUAAAAGUACUGCUGCACAGGUCAACGCUAAACCCACAAUCCAUGUACGUGAUAACACGGCUAUGCUAAAGCAAGAAACAGGAUCCAGAGAAUCCCAUUCCCCAUUUAUGAAAAAGCAUUUCGUCCAACCAAAGAGGACCACAGAACAGUCACACAACAACAUAGAAGAAUUGUGUAUUCCAGCGACAGACAAGCAGGUCCAAGACAGUAUGCAGGGCAAGCCUUCAGACGUCACAGCAGAGCCGAUCAAACAGCACACCCAAGCACGGCUGGCAGCAGGUCAACCCCGCGCUCAAGCGGAGCGGCUCAGAGCAGAGUCUGCGAAGUUAAUUUUAGCAGGACAGACGCGUUCAGAGACAGAUGAAGCACCACUUGCGGAUCAGGGCCAAACACAUGCAAAAGCAGAGUUGAAAAUGGCUGACAAUGUCUGGAGUGAACCAACUGAGGAGACUAGUAGAAAGAAGCCGAUGGAAGGAUUGGAGGAAAAGGAGGAACACAUGGAAACUGUGGUGAGAAACAAAGGGAGAAACGUCAUCGAGGAAGAGCACAGAAGCAACUCUGGACAAGACGAUGUAACAAAGGAUAAACUACUAACAGGUGGUGAUUCAACCCAAAUUCAGCCCAUGCUGCUCCCUAAAGAACACGCACUCCAAGUUGUGGAUCAAAGCAUCAAAUACAAAUCACAUGGAGAACAAAAUGAGAAAGUUAAUGUUAAGUUGCCUUCUGAAAACAAAACACAGAGAUUUGCAAAAGAGCAGUUUGAAGGAUCAAAAGGCAACGUGGGAACGACAACUACAGCAAGGGUGACAGUUGAAAACACAGAAGAGACCAAAUUGGUGGAACUGAGGAAACCACAUGUUAAAACAGUCGAAGAGAGAAGAAAUGCUGAGGUGCAAAAGAUUGGUAUCAACACAAGCAGUGUUCAAGACAAGAAAACAGAAUCAUUCUCAUUGGAGGAAGCGAUAAACACAAAUGAAUCUAAACAAGAAAAUGUAGAAGUCCGAUCCAGCCACUCAAAGUUGGAACAAACUACAGCAGAUUUAGUUAAGGAAAGUACAAGCACUGUGUCUUCAGAAAAAGAAGUCAACAGUGACCAAAAUAAUAUUAAACUGGUUAAGACAGAGUUAGCUAAAACCAAGGUGGAGCCUGAGACAUUAAGAGAAGGACACAAAGAGAAAGUGAGGAAGGAUAAUGCUAUAAAGAACAGUCACAGUGACAACAAAGGGGCUGCUGAGCAGGCACCUCAACAGCUGAGAAGAUACGGUAGAGACCAUGUUGACCGCGGGGCUGAUGAUUAUGAGAGUUUGAGGGAGAAAUAUGGAUUCAACAAUCCCAUUUCAACACUAAGGAACAAAGAACCGCCCAGAGGACAUGGUUCUCCAACUAAUGAAAACAUGCCAUCUAUUACAGAACCAACUAAAGUCGAGAAACUUGGUGAACAGAAAUCAGAAAAUCAAACGGGAAGUUCCAAAACAGAAAAAGGCAAUGGAAUCAUGAAACUUCCUACCAAUGAGGACACUGACCACCUUUAUGUCUAUAGUGAGUCAUCCAAAGAAUUUAGAAUUGGAGAUCAGUUUUCAAAUUCACCUGAACAAACAACUUAUAAUAAUGUUGCUGAAAACGUUAAAGAUAGCACAGGUGUGGGGCAAGAAAUAUCCCAGAAGCAAAGUCAUGUUUCACAGCAAAGUGAAUCGGAGUGUCCAAAGUUAGUUGAAGGGAAAUCAAAGUUAGAGCGUGUUGUUUUACACAAAAGCCAGCCAGCUAAGGCACUGACGCAAAGAGAAAGAGCCCUGACUAAACAGGAGAUCCUGACGUCCAAGAUCAAGGCUCACGCUGAGAAAGAGAUUUCAGCCAUUAAAGAAAAAGGGCUUGCCAAAAACCCUUCGAAACAUUUUCCAAGUAGUCAUUACCAAACUGUAAAGCCAACACCUGCAUCCAAGGAGGCGCUGGAUAGACACGAGAGCAAAUUAACUGGAGAUAGUGGUGAUCCUUUUAAGGAACCAAACAGUUUAGUUUCAGUAUCUCAGGCCAACUCCUCGGACACUGCACAGAAACAUGUCCCAAAAGGUUCAUUUAACAUCAACAAACCUGACGCACACAAAGACGAGCAAGCGACUAUCCAAGCCAGCACAGAUGUGCGUUUAAUAGAGGGUCGAAAUAGAGAAAUGGAUUCAGGAGCCAUGUCCUUAAUGCUUAAAAACAAGCUGGAGGCUGAGAGAAAAGAAGAAACUAAGGAAUCACAAGAUGAGAAAAAAGCACAAGACACAUAUGUACCUGGAGGAUUCGUCAAAGACACCUCCCUCACCAUCGGUCAGAAGGAGACCACUGAUGAGGACGACCAUCUGCAGAUAAUGGGAAUAAUGGUGACGGUGCGGGAAAAUACGAGCGUUGCCCUGGGGCAGACAAACAGCCAAGAACAAAGUUCGACCAAAAAACUUGACAAGCCCGAACCAGAUAAGUGCUCACGUUCAAAUAUAGAUGAAAAAGGAACUCUCAGGGAUUUAAAGGCAACCAAAGACUGUAAAUCUGCAUCCUCUGAAAACAACCAAAACCCAAUAAGCACAGAGGCGACGGCGAACAACGAUAGCAAGGAUGCAGCAAGGAGCCCUCAACAAGUAUCCGUUGCUAAUACAAUGAAGUUAGAUUCAGAUCCAGCUGUGCCUGGAAAGACAGAAGAUAUUCAGGAAACCAAAACAAGAAACAUUCACAGCAAUGGAAGAGAAAAUGGAGCAACCACAUCAGAAGAACAUAAAUUACAAACAGAGACGAUCAGUAGUGAGGUCACAGCCAAAGUUGCCACAGAAGGUAUCCAUUACAAGGAGGACGGAGAUGCCAGAGAAAGUCACGCAUCAGUGAAAGAAGAUAUUACGUCCACCAUAAAUCAACCUAAAAGCAGAGGGGUCAAGGACAAAACCUUCAGCCAACAUGACGAGAGACACCAUAGGGCACCAGAUAUCCAGUCAAAUGAUUCAGUUGGAAACAAGGUACCUCCAAGUACUUCAAUGAAAAGCAUGGAAGGAGAAACUAACAAUGAAGACGGUGUGCAUAUAGACAGCAUCGCUAUAAGGGUUGUGUCUUCUGUGGUAGAGAAAGACCUCACUAUUGCAACAUCUAAACAGUUAUCAGUUACAACUGAAGGAGAAAGGGUUUCUCAGUCUGAGUCAAAGGAGGACAAAUUGAGGAAACCACACAAAGCACAAACCUCUCAUUCGGUACAUUUAAAAGACAAAUCUGAGGAUGACAUGGGAGUAGAACGUAUUCUAUCUAGUAUCAGGAAACUGGCUGAUUCAUUGAAACAAACCCAACAAGUCAGUCAUCAUGACAGACCCACUGAAGGACUUGAUGGAGCUCAAGCUCGACCUGUUGAAGUCCAGAACAAUGUGGAAUCCACCAUGACGGAGCAAGACUACUUUCAAAUUGAAGGUCGAAAUGUAGCUAGCGCUGCACCAUUGGACAGUGAUGCAGCUAGCAUGUCAAAUGACGUGUCUAAAAGAAGGGAAGUUACUGAUAAUGAUAGGAUCCAGGAAGGAAAAGGUUUUGUUCGAAAAGCUGAGCCAAGUAACCAAAACACCAAGAGCCAAAACAAGGAGGAAGCGCGCAAUAACUUGAAAGACAUAGAGAUGGAUUUGGGUCAAGGAACACAUGCCUGGAAACGUCACACAGAUAGCCGGCCUACGUCACGAGAACGAGAGAGACACAGCAACCGAAUGCUGCAUCAGAAGGGCGACCAUUCAGUCAUGGAAGACACUGAAAUUCAGUCGAAACCCAAACGAGCAGCAGCUAUUCCAGAAAUAUCAGCAAUUGCAGACUACGCUAGGUUGAAGGUGAUCGUUUCAGAGGAACCAGAGGACACAUGUCAGGAUGUCCCUCCAAAUAAGAAGGAAGGAUUCUUUCCACUAAUACAGUCUCGUCGAAGUCGGUGCCCAAAUUUCACAGAUAAGGAAGAAGAUUUUACGAAAGAGAAACCAGGCACUAUCAAGACAGAGGUCUCCUCCAAAGUAAACAAGGAGCCCAAACCUGUAGUGUUCCCAAUCACAGAGAAAGCUCACCUACGAACCGGGAUGUUCAAACUCGGAGAGAAAGAAAAAACAGAGCUGGACAACAAAAACAAACCAGGGGUUUUGCAAAAAGUGGUAAAACAAGAUCCAGUCGAGAGCGCAGCCCCGAGAGGUGACAUGCUGAGAGCCGAAGCUGAAAAGGACAAAGCAUCGAUUUUAUCAGAAAGUAAACCAGGAAUUGUCUCAACAUCCCAACAAUUUGAUGACAUCAAACCUGAAGAUUCCUCCCUAAACAGAAAAAUGGAAGACAGUAAUCAUUUCACAAUGGGCGGUAUAGACAAUAACAGCAGCAAAACAAGGGAAUACGAUUCAAAUAAAAAUAUUGGUCGCAAUAUUUCUGAGAGUAUUCAAGUGAAGACAAAAGAAGGGACUCAAAAUUCAGCAAAAGCAAUGGAUGAAAAGAAAGACACAUCUGAAGAUGCAAAGAUCAAAAAUUUGAUUGAGGAAAGUAAAGCUCAUCUCAGAGAAGAACAGGACAGAGCUGCAAAGAGAGAACUGGAGAGAAGAGCCCGAGAGAGAGAAGCCAUUGCUGCAGCUAUUAAGGAGAGACGGCAAAAACAAAGAGAAGUUGAGAAACAAGCAGAGAAAGAUUUGAAACAAAGGGCAGGAAAACACGACCAAGAAGAAAGAAGAGUGACCGAAGUGCAGGAUGAGGAGCAAGUAAAGGCAAAGCUGAAAGCAGUGGACGGACGAUCUGAUGUUGAGGAAAGGAAAACGACACAGACACAAGAAGAGCAGAGAAGAGAAGACCAGCAUCAUGACAAAGCUAAUCUAAACAAAACACUGACUCAAAGAGCAGAAAAAACAACUGUGGGGCCACCGCAACAAAAUCCACAGGAGAAGGAGCACAGCACAACAAGGCAAACAAUAGUCCAAACUGAGAAAGAUGAAAAGAAUGCACUUGUGGCUGAAGAGAAAUCAAACGAAGGAGAAGAAGAGCAAACCAAAGGUAGUAGAAAUGAAGAAACAAUAACUCAAAGGAAUGAGAAGUCUAGCAGCCAAACAAGAGAUAAGAAUGUUGUCACUGAAAAAGGAGAAGACAGACCCUCCAGAGAAGUGCCACAAAAACUUGAAGCACAGCUCGCGGACGCUCUUCAGUACUACGCCAUCAGCUCCACAGAGCCACAAAGGAAACCAAGAGGAAGACAACUGCCAUCGCCUACACCUUUUCAACAGAGGAAGCGCCCGCCUGAGCUAAAUGAUGAAGCCAGCACGAGUUCGCAAAAAGAGGACUUCUCAAGAUCACAUAGGCCCCGCGCGCCUCCAUCUCCAGUUCCAUCUCUGCCACGUUCAAACACAGCAUCUCCUGCACUGGGAGCCAAACCUUCAAUGUUCAGAGUCAAAGACAACACUAACAGGGGCUCUUCUCUGACAAAAUCUGUCAAGCCACGCUUCCACAAAAACUUUGGAGAAGACUUCAGGGUUGGUUCACCAAUGGAGCUCAUAGAUGAAGAGCAGCAGAGGACAAGAUGCAAUGCAGAAACACCAACCAAUCACAAACAAGAAUCAUCAACCUCACUAUCAUCUUGUCCAUCACAGGGUCAUUCUGCUCCUCUUCGACACAACCGGCCCUAUUCCAGACGAAGCAUUGCAGUGGAUGAAGAUGACUCUCGGUCUGUUAUCAGCAACAUGUCAGAGGAUGUGGAGAGUUAUGCCACAAGUGCAGCAGACUUGGCCGAUAUAAGGGGGCUGUAUGACUAUGAGAGGCCAGAAUCAGCCUGCAGCUUCAGCAGCGAUGCCUCUCGUGCCAUCGGAAAACCUCCUCUCGUCCCACCGAAGAGCGAGAAAGCCUUGCGCAGGGCCCAAAGGCUUACGACGCGUAGAAUAAAGAAAGAGAUGUCGUCCAAAGGUGUGACAAGCACCACUGCCUCCAUUGUGACUCCGCCUUCCUCCAGUGAGGUAUGCUCCUCAAACGGCCAAGCUGUUGCUUCCCCCCAUUGUUCUGCCCCUGUCUCCCUAACUCAUGCACCCAUACCGGGCUCCCGCUUGCCGUCAGAUCACCAUUCUCCUCGCCACACUGCCCCAUCCACCUUUACCAUGCGCCCUACCCAUGACUCUUCGGCCAAACAUCACUCUGCCAUUGAUUCACAUCCAGUAGUCUUACCUCAUGCUUCUGGACCCAUCCCUCUCCCACUUAUUCCACCUCCUGCAACCAGCGCUGUUCCCAUCCCAGUUUCCUCCCCUCACGCUACUGACCCUGGCUUUUUUCCAGUUCCCUCCCCUCAUAAGAUUGCACCUUUCUCUUUGCCAAUGACCUCCCCUCAUGCUAAUAUUCCUGUCUCCUUGCCAGUGACAUCUCCUCAUGCCAAUGCUCCUGUCUCAAUGCCAACUGCCCCCCUUCUAGUCCCCUCACCAUACACAAAAACUCCAGUCCAUCUACCAGUUAGCACCCCUCACAUGGCAGCACACAUAUCCAUCCCUCAUGGCUCCAGUGAGUCCGGCUUUAUUCCCCAAGCUAUUUCUCCAAAGAUUGUUUCUCAUGUACCAUCCUCUCCUACACUCCACCAUCAUAACUAUACAGCUCCAGUGACCCAGUACCAUGUAGAAUCAAGCUACGCCCAUUCAUAUCCACUGACACAGCGCAGAGUGAUGCAAGACAUUGGAUCUGGAAAGUAUGUUCAACUCAAUGUGCGGGAGUCUGGCCAAGGCAUGUCCCAACAUCAGCCUCAACAUACGUACCAUCAGCCUCCACUUCAGCCUAUGAUGCAAGUCAACCCACAACAGCCUAUCCACCCUCCAGUUACCAAAGGGUAUACGCAUUAUGACGGCUACAACACCCGUCAUCAGGAAUACCAGCCCGCAGGGGUCCCUAAACGCUCACCUUCUGGCAUGUCGGUGCCUCUCAGCCUUCCCCACGAGCAACAGUUCAUCAACAGUGAUGCUUAUAAUUCUCAAGCCCAACAAAACGGAGUGGAGUGGGACAGUCCAGAGCAGACGCCAUACAUGGAUACGGUGAAUGAAAAACCCAAGACAUUAAAUACUGUCUACAGCCCACGGAGCGUACACGAGCCCCAGGAAAGCAACACAAAUGGCCAUGAGAGCGAGCCGCCAGUGGAUGCAAGAUGUCAGCCCCGCAACAUUAUUACUAUGAGUGAAUUGGAGGACUUUAUGGAGAUAUCUGACUGGUGAGAAAUGACAAUUUGCCAUGUAAAAUAAUAAACACCUUGUUGUCGGUCUAUCCAAUGUGCCUACUUGUAAAAAUGUAAUUAGCUUGAGAGUCUAAGAAGUCGUGCGCUCAACUCCACAAAUAUGUAUCUGUCACAUUUACAGUCACCAUUCCAUUUGACUUUUGAAUGUGAGAUGUUUCUUGUGUUUACAGAGUGACGUUACUUUUAGCCACAGCUCAGAUACAAGUCUUUGAGAGGUGCCG